AUGACUUAUUUCACAAAUUGGGAUGAGUUUGCUAAAUCUGCAGAGAGACUCCAAGCUUCAAACCCCGAGAAGUGCAGAUUAGUUUCCAAAUACAAUCAUCGUGAUGGAAAGAUGAUAAUUAAAGUUACGGAUGAUGUUGUUUGUCUUCAAUUUAGCACAAAUCAGAUGCAAGAUGUGAAACGAUUUGAAAAGUUAUCAGCCACUAUGAUGAGGAAUGCGAUUGCUCAAUAA